AUGAAUUUAUGGUUCAUAUUUUGGUCGGCUAUUUAUGAUAAACUCUGGUCACUGUGGAAAUGGACGGCCCAUAAGUGCACCGGUAAUUGUGAAAUACAACGUCUGUGUUGUUCGUCCAAUAAUACCGGUGCCGAACGAUCCAAAGCUAUUGAAUAUUCAAUAGUUAAAAGCAAAUCUCAAGUAUUGAAGAAAAUGAAUGCCGAGUUAAGCCGUUUGGCGGACAGUCAACUGUUGACCAAUAAGUGGAUACUGUUUGAAAAGUAUAUCGACGAAACAGUUGUACUCAAAGAGAUCGAUACUAAAACACAUGUCGAUUUUAUACCGGCAUAUCGUAUAUGUUUAGUACACAUCUACGGCUAUAAGCAAUUGAUUCGUCAGAUUCAUAAUAUGCGGUCCAUUAUCUGCGACCCGCGUAACAGCGCUCACCAAAAAAUGCUUCAAAACCUGUGGUCACAGCUUAUGGACGAACCGUUGAGUGGUGUCCACAGCAAACAAUGGCAGGACAUCGGCUUUCAGGGACCCGAUCCUAGUCUCGAUUUACGGUCAAUGGGUUUGUUAGCGUUGGACAACCUGUUGUUUUUUGUUACCGUCUAUCGAGAGAUGGCUCGCAAUACACUACAACAUUCAUUGCAUCCGACACAGGGCUAUCCGUUUGCUUGGGUUGGCAUCAAUUUGACUCAAUUGGUACUUAAGUUAUUAUUGGACGGACACUUGAAAACACAUUUUUACAAUUGUUUUCAGCGUAUCUUCAAAAUUGAAGAUUUUCACAAAGUUUACAGCUAUUUAUACACCAAAUUUGAUAAACUAUGGAUUGAUAAGACUCAGGAAUCGGAGCAAAAUUUCUAUUACAUUAUCAGUCAAUUUGAGAGCCAACUGACCGAACAGUUGGCCGACGAUAAGACUGUCCUCAGUUGGGAGGCAUCACAGUCUCGUCCGGUUGUUGAGACAAAACUGUGGUAA